AAUCAUUCAAUCAUUCUAACAUUGUAUAGGCUCUUCGUACAAUGCUCAAAGCAUAAUUUUCUUGUCUUUUUUCUUUUAUGAGGUCAUUCAUUAGAAAAAUUUUAGGUGGACAAUCUUAAAUUUUCCUACACCAAUGAAACACCUAGUAAGAAAAAAUACUUUUAAUUUUGUAGUUGAUUAAAUUAUUUUAUAUUUUAAAAUAAAAAUAUUAUGUUAUUGAAGUUGAAUGGAUGAAGACUAAAAGAUGAGGCGUUUUUCUAUCAUCUCCCAUUCAUCAAUAUUUGUUGGAUAUACUAACCUUUGAGAUACCAAGAACAUUGACUUGCAACAACAGUCUUCAAUGGAUAUUUUGGAAGACAAAAAAGUAGAGGAUGAUGAUGCAAUGAGAAAACUUUACGAUGCAUCAAUGAAAGGAUGUGUCAGUACCUUAAAUCAACUGGUCCAGAAAGACCCUCUUAUUCUGAGCAGAGUGUCACUCUGCCCCUUCACUGAAACCCCAUUACACAUAGCCUCUUUGCUUGGAUAUUUGGAGUUCUGUCAGGUUCUGCUUCGGAAUAGUCCCAGUUUAGCCACUGAAUUGGACUCAGAAGGACGUUGCCCUCUUCAUUUGGCUUCAGCCAAAGGCCACACUGAGGUUGUGAAAGAGCUGUUGAUUACAAACCCAGAAAUGUGUUUGGUUCGUGACAAAGAUGACAUGCUUCCUCUCCACUUUGCUUCAAUGAGAGGGCGCGUGGAAGCAAUGAAAGAGUUGAUCAAAGCCAAGCCAGAUUCCAUUGAGAUGGUGGAGAGUGGUGAUGAAGAUGGCUCUGUUCUGCGAUUGUGCGUUCGCUAUAACCAUUUUGAGGCCUUGAAAUUGCUAGUGGAAUCACUGAGAGGUGACAGUCGGUUUCUAUCAGUCAAAGACAGAGAAGAUAACAGUCUUCUGUGCUUAGCAGUCAAACACAGACAAAUCAAGAUAAUUAAAUACCUGCUUUCAGUAUCUGAAAUGAGUCCAGAAACAAGAAAUUUGAAUAGGGAGAGUUUAAUAGCUAUGGAGACAUUGGAGCAGUAUCCAAGAGAUUUUAUGACGCAACAAGACGUCUUAAGAGAAGGAAUUGAAGAGCCUGCACAUGAAGUUUCCUCAGAAGACCAAAGGACUCUGUCAAUAUCUAGACAGGAAGAAGCAUCCUCACAAAGCAUAGGUGUUGUGAUUGUGCAAGAAGAUCCUCCCCAAGCAUCAUCAUCACCAUCAUCCUCACUAACCAACAAUGAUACUCCACAAACAUCAGCAGCAUCCUCACUGGCCAGAAACGAUCCUCCAGAAGCAUCAGCGGCCCCAGUGCCAUCACCAAAAAUGAACAUGAGUAGCGAACAAGGAGAGGACAGGUGGAGCAGAUUGGAGAGAUUCUGUAGAACAUACCUGCUAGACGAAGGGAAUUGGAUAGACAAAAAGACGAGGGAGCAAUUGAUGGUGGCAGCAACUGUGAUUGCAACGAUGACGUUUCAGUCAGUGAUAAGCCCACCCGGUGGUGUAUGGCAAGGCGAUACAACAAAAGAUGGGUUUACAUGCCCUGAUUACGGUUUCUGCGAAGCAGGCACGGCGGUUGUGGGUUAUGCUUGGUCACCAGAUUUUAUGAAGUUCAUUUUCUUCAACUCUUCUUCUUUCUUUUCGUCACUGUGUGUGAUGCUGCUUCUCAUGAGCGGCUUUCCGCUUGAAAACAGGGUGGUCAUGUGGAUCUUGGCCAUUUUGAUGAUCGCUGCAGCUUCCUGCAUGCUCCUCACCUACAUGUGGGCAUUGGGCUUGGUUAGUCCCAAUCAUAUUUACUAUAGAAUUCGUAAACUGGGCUAUCUAUUAGUUGGUACCUGGUCUCUGUUACUCGCUCUCGUUGCUUCCGUACAAUUAAGCCGAAUAGCGUUCUGGAUUAAGUCGCGUCGCAAGAAAUCAACAAAUGCUCCACUCUAACAAUGGGAAUUUGUUGCUUUCUUUACUUCCCUUGAUCGUAUUAAUGCUCUGAAGAAUUUGGUAGUGUAACAUGUUGGAAUGUUCUUAGGCCCAAGAAACUGUGUGCUAGUCUUCUCAGGUGUAGACUCACUCCCUAGACUUUCACUUCCCGA